CCAAUCGUUACUCAGCACGACUCCGGGUAAGGUAUAAAAAGGUGAGCACAACUGAGUGCGUGUACUUCGAGACGACAGGUAAUCAACGUCGCAUUGGAGAAGCUAAGCAUGGAGUUCCUGAAAGUCCUCGUGGUUUUGGUCGUAGCUGUUCACGGUUCGCUCUCAAAGCCAAUUAGUUCUGAGGAUGAGCUACGUGUCAUCGUCGGACAACUAGAGAGGCAGGUGGCAAGUUUAAGGCAGUAUGUGGUCGACAAGAAUAUGCCAGAGUACUCGUUGAGCGGGGCCGGUCCAUUGCUCGAGUCUACGCCAGAAUUCCCCUUCUCCGGCACGGAAAUGUUUGGAAAACUUCUGAGACCAUACUUCAGUAGUUUCCCAGAUGGACCAUAUACAUCGGAGGUGUCCUUAACGCCAGAUGACAUUAUGACAAUGCUGAAAUCGUGGUACAGCGUUGACCAGACGUUUAAAGAACGGACAUUCUUCAAUGUUGCACGAGAGAUCUUGAAUGCACAUUUCCAGUGCGCAACUACAAAAAUCAACCAGAUGGUUUACUAUGUUUUGAAGGAACAAGCACGUGCGAUGACUGAGGAUGACCAGAACAUGAACACGCGUGCGAGGAAGAUUCUCGAGAACUGGAUAACGGAUACAGCCACUGUGGACAAGGUCACCCAGAAAAUUGUUAUGUCGGCGCAUAGACAUACUUAUGGAGAAAUUAUGGACAACAUUCGAUAUUUCCAAUUCAAAGAUAUCGUGCAAUUCCUUGGAAAAAUUAAACUGUUCCUAUGGAAAGCCAGGCAAAAUAACUGGACGCCACUCACUGAUGAGAAACUAAAUCAACUUUUGACAGACCAUGACUUCGUCUUUAAAUGCCCGAGCGUAAAUGAUUUAUGGGAAUUCCACCAAGAAAUUGCAAGCACUUUUCAAGAAAGGUUUUCUGUUGCCAAACCCUUCCAUGAGGCAGAGACUUGGCUUAACAAAGUUCUACCCACAUACAUGAGCACUGAGGCCACCCAUGCUGUCACUGCAAUCCUUCAAGUGUACAAGGAUUACAUCAAGUCGGCAAUGCAGCACUUCCAAGAAGUCGAGGACCACAUGACCACCAGAAACACGGCAGACAUCAUGGACUUUAUGUCCAAAUUUCUUUCACCACAUCAACUCCAAUAUCUACAGUCCACCUUUGAAUUCCUUAAUGUGGAUACCAGCAACGUCAUGGAAGCGAACGAGAGUCGUGAAAGUAAUAGACGUUCUGAGCGUAGAUGCACCGACUUUGACAGAUGUGCAUGAGGCGAAUUCCUGGACUGUACGAAAGCGUCACGUGAUGCUGCUCGAACCUGUGAUACUUGACUAACCAUGUGGAAAAGGGUUCCUGAUUAAGUUGUCUGGCCCUUUCCAGGUGCUUUUUCAAGAACUUUCGAAAAAUAAAAUAUUAAACACUUGA